AUGUUACACUUUUAUUAUGAUCUGAUGUCACAGCCUUCACGCGCAGUCUACAUCUUUCUGAAGAUAAAUAACAUUUCUUUUGUAGCCAAACCAGUAGCAUUAAGAAAUGAUGAACACUACACUGACUGGUUCCGAAAGAUCACCCCUCUCUGUCAGGUACCUGUUAUAGAUGAUGACGGAUUCAUACUCACAGAGAGUGUUGCUAUCCUGAAAUACCUUGCCAUUAAAUACAAUGUGUCUGACCACUGGUAUCCACGUAGUGAUCUCAACGCGCAGGCCAGAGUUGACGAAUCCAUGAACUGGCAUCACUUGAACACUAGAUACAGUUGUACUUCAUUAUUUCGGGAACUUAUAAGAUUGCCGAUACUCAACAAAGCUCCAAUACAGUGGCACCUGGUAGAGAACGAAAGAAACCAGGUGCGGAAAGCUGUUUCUAGUCUGGCCUCUUUCUUUCUUAAGGACAAUAAGACAUUUUUGUGUGGGAACGAGAUUUCAGUUGCCGAUCUACUUUGCGUUUGUGAGUUGAUGCAGCUGGUCACGUGUUGGGAGGAAGAUCUUUACGAAUCGAAUCCCGUGAUCAAAGAUUGGGUACAUAGGGUUAGAGACAGAACUGACCUUGUAUUCCAGGAAUCACAUCAUAUAGCAUACAGAGUUAGAAGUAAGUUUUCAAAACAGAACAAAUUGUAG